AUGGUCUUUUCCUACUCAGUGCUCUAUUAUAUCGUGGGUUGUCUUUGCGUGACUUCAAAAGUCUCUGCUGAUUGCUCCUACGUUGAUGGAAACUACUACUGCUCUCAAGCUGAAGCCAUCGACUAUGAGGGAAUCGGAUUUUCCGGUUCUUACUCUGAUGUCACCAAUAUGGACGAGACUAGUUGUGAGUGUUCUCAGAGCUCAGUUUCAUUCUCUGGUACAAUGUCUCCUCUAGAUGAGGAGUUAUCUGUUCAUUUCAGAGGUCCUUUGAAGUUGGCUCAGUUUGGUGUCUAUUAUCCUGCUUCUUCUACCUCUGCCAAGGUUAAGAGAGAUGCUGAGGGUUGUGCUUCAUACGAGCAUGUUCAUCAUAAACAUAAGCGUGCUGCUGCUGUUCAAAUCGUUGAGGAAACCACUACAGUUUAUGCAGAUGCAAGUGGUAAUAUCAUCAAUCCAUCUACUUCCGCUGUUGCUGUUGCUUCUGGUGUUGCCGCUGUCGCUUCUGCUGUUGUCUCAGCUGCUGCUUCUUCAGCUGCUUCUUCUGUCGCUUCUUCUGCCGCUUCCUCCUCAUCUUCCUCCUCCUCUGCCGUGGCCGGAGAUUGGGUUAGAUCUUCAUAUUAUACUCCAGGUACGGGAGAUAACGUUACCUUUUUGAACCAUCAGGGUGGUGUGACAGAUUCUGGUACCUGGUCUACCUGUUUCGGUAACAGUUUGUCCUACUGUGCCUCUGAUGGUGUUUCUGGUUCUAGUUCUUCUGAAGUCUUAAGUGAUGUCACUAUUAAAUCGGAUGUUGAGUAUCUUAUCAUGUCCGGUAGCGAAUGUGGUGAUUCAUCUGCUUCUGGAGACUGUGGUUACUACAGAACUGAUACUCCUGCAUAUCAUGGUUUCUCUGGUGCAGACAAAAUCUUUGUUUUCGAGUUUGAAAUGCCUUCUGAUACUGGUUCUGGUGAUGAGCAAGAUAUGCCAGCUAUCUGGCUUCUUAAUGCAAAGAUUCCAAGAACUUUGCAGUACGGUGAAGCCACAUGUUCUUGUUGGACAACUGGAUGCGGUGAACUGGAUCUAUUUGAGAUUUUGUCUGCUGGCUCUGAUAAGUUGAUCUCACAUUUACACGAUGCUCAAGGAUCUACUGAUGGUACCGUGUACGGUGGAAGCGGUUCGCAAGACUACUUUGCAAGACCUACUGAUUCUACUAUGAAGGCAGCUGCCGUCUUUACGGAUGGUAAUGUUUACAUUGUUGAGUUGGAUGACUCCACUGACUUUAGUUCCACAUUAACUUCUGAUACUGUCAGCUCGUGGACUUCUACAGACGCAACUGUCGUUCAGAUUUCGUGA